AUGCGCCUUCUUUCCCUCGUUCGUUCAUAUGCGCCUUCUUUCCCUCGUCCGUUCAUAUGCGCCUUCUUUCCCUCGUUCGUUCAUAAUCGCCUUCUUUCCCUCGUCCGUUCAUAUGCGCCUUCUUUCCCUCGUUCGUUCAUAAUCGCCUUCUUUCCCUCCUCCGUUCAUAUGCGCCUUCUUUCCCUCGUCCGUUCAUAUGCGCCUUCUUUCCCUCGUCCGUUCAUAAUCGCCGUCUUUCCCUCGUUCGUUCAUAAUCGCCUUCUUUCCCUCGUUCGUUCAUAUGCGCCUUCUUUCCUUCGUUCGUUCAUAUGCGCCUUCUUUCCCUCGUUCGUUCAUCAUCGCCUUCUUUCCUCGUCCGUUCAUAUGCGCCUUCUUUCCCUCGUCCGUUCAUAUGCGCCUUCUUUCCCUCGUUCGUUCAUAAUCGCCUUCUUUCCCUCGUUCGUUCAUAAGCGCCUUCUUUCCCUCGUUCGUUCAUAUGCGCCUUCUUUCCCUCGUUCGUUCAUAUGCGCCUUCUUUCCCUCGUUCGUUCCUAAUCGCCUUCUUUCCCUCGUUCGUUCCUAA